AUGCUAGGUUUCUAUGUAUCGGCAGUUUUCACCCGAUGGUGGCAAAUUUUCGAUAACAUCGGUUGGAUAGACACCCCUGCCCUAUGGAUUGCACAGUACGUUCUCGGCAAAACUGAAAGAGCUCGUUUGUUACGUCGUACACUGGUUCGGUACCUCGUGCUAACACAAGCUAUAGUGUUUCGUGAUGUCUCAGCUGGUGUACGGAAACGAUUCCCUACAAUGAACCAUCUUGUCACAUCUGGUUUAAUGACGGAAAAAGAGUUGGAGGAUUUCAACUCGAUUGUGACAACAUAUCCGAAGUACUGGGUGGUAAUGAACUGGGUGUUCAGAUUGAUCCGACUUGCUCGGGAGGAGAAGAACAUACCCGGUGAAAUGGUUUACGUUGACCUAAUGGAGAAAAUUCGUCAGUACCGAGUUCAAGUUCUCAGUUUGACGCUUUACGACUGGGUACCAGUACCUCUUGUGUAUACUCAAGUUGUUCAUUUGGCUGUGCGAUGUUACUUCAUGGUAGCGCUGUUUGGAAGGCAGUAUCUCCUUCCAGAUCCGGUCAGAGAAAGAAACAUCGACUCAGCUAAAACGGUGCUUACACUUCUACUUUUGUUUGGAGAAGGAGCGAGUGAGAUGCGUUAUAGAGCUGUUAUAGAGUGCCGUAUGUUCGUGAAAAGAGUUUCGAGACCGCAGAUAUUAUCGCUGAACAUGCGCAGAAAGUGCAAGGCAUUCUGA